CUCGCUCGCUCACCGCCUGCAGAGGAAUGGUUGGGGAAUAUUGUUUGAGGAAACGUGUCGAGUUUUGCAAUUGGCGAUCUUCGACAGGACGGUGAAGACAGAGGAAGGAGGGAGAGAAAGGCAGAGAGCUUUGCGGAAUCCGCCGCCACUGGCGUGUGAUCACAGCCUCGGCAACUGGAGAGAGAGAGAGGGGGGGUGGGGAGAGAGAGGGGGGGCAGGAACACUCGCUACAACAGCUGGGACAUCUAACGUCAGCUCUGAAACGCCGGGCCAUUGCAGCAGGGUUACUGCCCGGCGAGGGUCAAUGGAGCCGUCAGUUCCCCGGGUUUGCUCGCUGACUGUAGACCUCGCCAUCCCCAUCUGACUUGCACGGUGCCGCUUCGAGCACACACACACACACACACACACACACCAGCCGCUGCCUCCAUCCAAGUGGCGGCGCGUUUGAAGCGGCGGACAGCAGUUUGCUGGGUUUGAGUCAACACGGGGAAUGAGAGGAAACCUCGGACUCGUUAGUUUUUCACUUUGUAUUCACUGUGUGGACAUUACAAGCAGGACAAUAUAGACCCACCGCCGAAACCAUCUCCAGCUCAGGUCAGGUCCAACGAUUGGUAACUUUGCCGGUGGACUGUGGACUAGGAGGGUUGGUGCCGCAGCGGGUAGGCUAUGAGAGAACGCAUUCGCUGUCGCCUCGCUGGGCACCCAUCACAUGUAGGGAGACUAUUUCAACAGCCGGGGAUGCUUCACAGAGCGAAGUACAGCCGCUUUAGGAACGAUUCUUUGUCAUCCUUGGAGGAACCUUCGACCAAUGCCGUCCUCAGGGGCAAGAGCCCGUCCUCUCCCCUGGCGCCGGGUUCAGCAGCGGAUGGGCUUCCACCCGAAGCGGAGGACAUUGCAAGCGGUCUGUCUGCCUUUCUUCCCAAAAUGGCUCACCUGAAACUGUCCCACUCAGCGGCCGGGCUACUUGGCCUCAAGAGUUUUCCGCGGGGCACCAGAGAAACGCCGAGGAGAAAAGUGACCAACUCUCUCCGGACUCGGGGUCUCUCCUCUCCCUCGGCUCUUGAUCUAACCCGCUGCCUUUCUGCACCCUCGCAGCCCGAGCCGCAGAAGGUGCCCGCGGGUACGAUGCAGCCGGCCAGCGGCGAGUGGGUCAGCAGCGUCCAUCCGGCAGAGCGGCCGGUAAAAGCACCGGCGCAAACACGGGAUGAUGAUCUCAACUCGGGCACACUUUACACUGUGAGAUAUAUGGGUUGUGUGGAGGUCCUGCAGUCCAUGAGGACACUUGAUUUCAGUACAAGAACCCAAGUAACAAGGGAAGCCAUAAGCAGAGUGUGUGAGGCUGUUCCAAGCACUAAAGCAGCCAUGAGGAAAAGAAGGCCUCCCAGCAAAGAAUUAUCUACUGUCCUCGGAAAGAGUAACCUCCAGUUUGCAGGAAUGCAGACCGUUAUGUCCAUCUCAACGAGCAGCCUCAGCUUAAUGAUCCCAGACUCCAAACAGAAAACGAUUGGAGAUCAGCGAGUGCUCUUUGUUUUUCAGUUGAUCGCCAAGCACCACAUGCAGUCGGUGUCUUUUGCCUCUGGAGGAGAUCCAGACACAAGCAAUUAUGUUGCUUAUGUAGCCAAAGACCCAGUGAAUCAAAGAGCAUGUCAUAUUUUGGAGUGUUUUGAUGAUUUGGCCCAAUGUGUUAUUAACAGCAUAGGACAAGCAUUUGAACUUCGCUUUAAACAAUACCUGAAGAACCCACAGGCAGCCAUUAAACCUAAUGAUGAGAGCAGAACAGUAGGCUUGGCCUUAUGGAAAGUGGCGAAUGAAGAUUCGAACCAUGAAUACUGCAAUGAAAUCCCAGGUAAACUGGUCUCUCCUGCAAGACUGCAGAAUGCAAGAGUAAAUGAAGAUUCGGUGAUCCAGACUAAUAGUAAUCAAAUGAUUAAGGAUGGAAACAUUUCACAGACUGCUAACCCAUCACCUGUCAUCAUUUAUGAAAAUUAUUCCAAUCCACACAAAGAAACGUUCACUGUGCCAGGCAAAGCCAUCAGCCCAUCUGAUCUUUUUGACGAUCCAUCUUACAUGAAUACUCAGAAUCCCCAUGCUUCCACCAUGAUGGGAGUGUCUGGACAGGUAUCUGCUAAUAUUCACAGAGAUGGGUGUAUUAGAAUUGCACAGAACAGCGCAGCAGCCAAAAGUUCAAAUGUGGUCCCCAUGCCUGUUACUCACUCUUCCAUGAGAGAGCAGCUCAUGAAGGAAAUCUGGUAUUGCGGAAGGAUGAGCAGACAGGAAGCUGAAAGGUUGCUGAUAAAUGAUGGUGACUUUCUGGUGCGGGAAAGCAUGACAACACCAGGACAGUAUGUACUAACUGGACUGCAGGGAGGACAAGCCAAGCACUUACUCCUGGUGGACCCUGAAGGCAUGGUGAGAACAAAGGACCGUUUAUUUGACAGUGUCAGCCAUCUGAUCAGCUACCACGUGGAUAACCAGCUGCCAAUUAUCUCAUCGGGAAGUGAACUGUACCUUAAAAAAAAUGUCUAGGAGAACAAACUUCAAAUUAAGAGACUUUGCUUUCAGUUUUAGCCAUUGCACCUGUUGGAAUGUAAAAAAAGCUAAUCUGUGUCAAAAGAAAAACGUUCAUUAUCUGCAGUUUCUUUCACGAAAUAAAAAUUUCAGACUGCAAUUGUCUUGACCAUUUUGCACUUCUGACUUAAGUAUUUGUUAGAAGUGGAUAGAUAAUUGCUUUACUGUCAUUGUACACAAUAGAUAAUAUUUUAGAGAUAUAAAUCGUGAAAUAAUGAAGUGUAACCUAUACAAUGUGUGAAUGUUUAAUUGUUUAUUUCUAAGCACACUGGCUUCAAAAACAAGCAUAAGCCAAUCCUAACGAACUGUAGACCACGAAAACGUGCCUUGAUUCUAUAGAUAUAAUACUGCAUAUGUACAUGUUUUUUU